GUGUUUAAAACAUCGUUCUUACAACUGAGAGUAGAAACAUCAGGUGUGAUCAAGGGAAUCAUUCCUUUGUGCGUGUUUUGCCAGCAUCGGUUUCCUCUCCGUGGAUACAAACAUAGUUGGAAUAAAUGGAACAUUUAGUUGUUUCACAAGAAGUCCAAACAAAGAAAACAAAGGAGUUUCCUUACACUGCUACUUCCUACAUUUUCAUCCUACAAACUCAGCCUGAAAGCCUCAGUGUGGAUCUGACAGAAUUAAAGAGCAGAGCUGGGCUUGUAAUUUCAGAUCUGACCAGCCCCUUAUCAUGGGAAUACAAGAUGAAGCAGGAAUCCCAGGUAUACUGGUUGGAGUUUCUGUAGAUGGAAAGGAGGUCUGGUUAGAAGGUUUAGGUUAUGCUGAUGUAGAGAACCGUGUGGUAUGUAAGCCAGAGACGAUAAUGCGAAUUGCUAGUAUUAGCAAGUGUCUUACAAUGAUGGCUGUUGCUAAAUUAUGGGAAGAGGGGAAAUUGGAUUUAGAUGCUCCAGUGCAGAAGUACGUCCCAGAAUUUCCAGAAAAAGUCUACGAGGGUGAAAAGGUCACCAUUACUACAAGGCUGUUAGUUUCACACUUGAGUGGAAUCCGACACUAUGAAAAAGAUGUUACGAAAGUAAAGGAAGAAAAGGAGAAGGCAAACAAGGCCCUAAAAUGGUGUCAGGAUAAAGAACAAAAAGAAACAGAAGGCAAGGGGAUUGAAAAGACUGAUUUUGUCAAAUUGAGGAAAGAACAUGAAGGUGAGGUAAAAAGCCGAAAUUCGAAACCUGGCAGAAGAGACAAGGAAUUUGAGCAAGAGGAGUAUUACUUGAAGGAAAAAUUUGAAAGUGUGAUUGAGUCACUGAAGAUAUUUAAAAAUGAUCCUUUAUUCUUUAAACCAGGUAGUCAGUUCUUGUAUUCAACAUAUGGCUUUACUCUCUUAAGUGCUGUUGUGGAGAGAGUUUCUGGACAAAAAUUUGCAGAUUACAUGCUAAAAAUGUUUCGUGAUUUGGAUAUGCAGUCAACUGUACUGGAUGACAACGAAGCAAUGAUAUAUAACAGAGCCCGAUGUUAUGUUUACAACAAAAAGGGACGUCUGGUAAAUGCACCGUAUGUGGACAACUCUUACAAGUGGGCUGGUGGUGGCUUUCUGUCGUCAGUAGGUGACCUUCUGAAAUUUGGAAAUGCCUUGUUGUACAGUUAUCAAGCUGGACAAUUUAAAAAUGCUGACAGCAGACUUCUUCCUGGGUAUCUCAAGCCAGACACAGUCGCAAUGAUGUGGACCCCAGUGCCAAAAACAGAAGUAUCAUGGGACAGGGAUGGUAAAUAUGCAAUGGCUUGGGCUGUAGUAGAGAAGAAACAACAGUGUGGCUGUUGCAGACAGCAGAGACACUAUGCAUCUCAUACAGGUGGUGCAGUGGGGGCAAGCAGUGUCCUCCUGAUUCUUCCGGAAGAGUUGGACUCUGAAGCUGUCGGUACUGGGCUAGUGGCACCACCUAGAGGAGUAAUUGUCAGUAUUAUCUGUAAUAUGCAAUCUGUUUCACUCAACAGCACUGCCUUAAAGAUUGCAAGGGAAUUUGAUAAAGAAAAAUGGGCAUAAUAUAUAGAUUGAAAAAACAGAAAUACAUGUAAGUGAACUCGCUGUAUUGAAACACAAAAACAAAUGGAGAAGAUGUAAUUGGACAUGGACAUCACUAAAAAUGUGUGAAGAAAAUGCAUCCAGAAUACACUUAACUCCAAACUAGUGGUGCUAAACUUAAUGUGUAACUAGAAUUCAUCUCUCAGGGAAGUUCCUAACUUAGAGAAAAGAAGAACGUAACUGUCAGAUUCUCCUUCUGUAGCACCUGUGUAAAUUGUCAUUAUAUUAGUAGGGUUUUUUUCAUUCAGUGAAGCACUUGACCAAGAUUUUAAAAAAAAAAGCAUGGAUUCCUUGCACUGAGAAAUACAAACCUUGAAUGUUAAACUUUUGAGAAAUUCCACAUCUUGAUCUGAGCACACAAAGACAUUUUGUUACUUUCACAGCUCCAGUAGGCCAGAACUGUUCAGUAUUACUUUGUAAAGAAAAAAUAUUUGCCUGGUGAUUCUUAAAUCUUCGCAUAGUGCAUUUAUCAUUUAAAGGCAGAAAGACCCAACAAAUGCCAAACUUUCAAGCUACCUCCAGAAUGCAGAUGUAUACCAGUACACUUUUGUCAGAGCCAUGGAUUAAGAUUUAAAAAAGAAUGAAGCUAAGGUGUAAGUAAAAAUCUUUUUGUUAUUUAGAUGUUUUUUGUUCUACCUUUAUGGGACACAGAGAGUGUGUGGAACUGGUAAAAGAAAGGUGUUAUUUCCACAGGGAAAUCUGCCUGAAUAGCACAUCAUGGUUACCUGUCAAAUGGCUUGUUGAUCUUGAAUGAUACCCACACGAACUUUGGUAGCCAGAAAUGGCACUGUAACAUAUACAUACCUUUAGAUAAAAGAAUUAGGAUCUCAGUUCAGAGAAAUGUAAAGCCCUUUCUUGAAGCCACUACUGGAAGACUCAUGGACUUUUGAGAGGCUUUUUAGAAAGCCAUCUUUGGUUUUGGAAGCCUGCCUCAAGGAGGUACUUUUGCACAAGAGUGAACAAGAAAUUAUGACAAAGUUCAAAAGAAACAUUUUCUGGUUCUCAAGUUUACUGCAUGAAUACAGUAGCACCUGAAUAUGGCAAUUCUAUAUAUUCUGUGAUGGCAUUAAAGAACUCUAGGAUCUGUUUCAUCCUACUUCCCCUGUAGUUACAUUAAUUGUCCUGCUGAGACAAAACAAUGUAUCCUUCAGGAAGGGUUGGAAUACUUUUAUCCCUAUAUGGUUUAGCAGCUCUGCUUCUCUGAAUUUAAGAAGCAAGAUGCCUUAGAUAAAAAGCUCACAGAAGAUAGCCUUACCUGCCUCUUGCCUAAGUUAAUGCUUUUAGUGGUAACUUUAUUGCUGUUACCUGCCCUGUGAUAAAACAACAUUAUCUUGUAACAUGUUUAUAAUGCUCUACAUAAUUAUAAUAAUUUUUGUGCCUUAAAACAGUAAAAACUUACACCUAAAUUAUUUGCUUGCUUGGGUUUUCUGGUCCACUCACCCAAUCUUCACUUUUUAAUUCUUUCAUAGUAGGUUGUCUCUAUCUCAGGAAAAUCAACUCAGUAUGGACAACCGAGAGAACCUUUGAACAAACUCCUGUGGUCAGGCAAUAAAUAUCUAGAUCUCAACAGAAGUCUCUGAUAGUGUUUGACAGUUCCAAUAGACAAGUAGUGGAGGUGAGUGUCUUCUACAGGAGCAGUACUCUAUUUUUUUUCUCAGUCUGCCUACUAGCUGGGUGAACAUGCAGUAACAGAAGUCAUGCCAAUUUUAGACAGAGAAUAAGACUAAGCAGUUCUGUUUUCAUGUUGAAGAAUAGAUGAAUAGGCCAAAUUAAAUGCUUUAAAUACAGAAAAGCUAAAGCUUGCACCAUUACUUUAUGAUUUAUAGCAUCAUUUUCUUGUGUGAUGUGUCCAUCUUGCAAAUGGUCUUUAUUGUUUUUGAAAACCAUUUUACGUACGUGUGAGGAAACUAGUUUUACUGACUGUUGUGUUUGGGUUUAGACAAAGAUCCAAAAUGUAGCAGGGUAGGUUUACUGUUAUGCUUGUCUGCAUAUGAUAAGCACUAACAGGUGUAAAUAUCUGGCAUGUGUAUGAAAAGUCAGUAAUGGUAACUAAGGCAUUUCUAACACCAAGAUAUUAAAGACAAUGUUUAGCUACCAACAUUUUGCAUGCCAUUUUCAGUGUAAAUACAGUAUAAGUACUGUAUGUCCUGAACCUUAAAGCUUGUAAAAAAAAUCUUUACUGUCAGCUGUACCAGAUUGGAGAUGCUCUGAUGUCUGCAUUUCAUCUUCCUGUACCUAGAACAAAACUGAUCACUCACUUUCUCUGAUUUGGAAUGUACUUACUUAUUCAUGUGUUCUUAUCUUCUGUGGUAGAGGAAGAAAAGACAGAGAUACAAGAGACUAGGAACUAAUCUGGCCUUAGCAUAUGCAUUCAGCUCACAAGUGAAUUAGUGUUACUACUUAAUAUUUGUUCUGAAGCCAAGUAUUUGAUGGACGGGCAUUAAGUGUAGGAAACGAUCAGCUUUCCUAAUAAACUUGCUCUUAAAAUAACUUCUGUUAUGAUAAUACAGUAUGGCACUGACACAAAACUCUACUUUUUAGUUCUAAAAAGGCACAUAUAAUGAAGUGAUGCAUCUAUGUCUUUAUCCUACCCCUACUUUUUACAUCUGAUAAUUGUAAGUGCUCACCAAAUGAACUGAAAUAAAACUUAACUCACAAAUGCAGUGAAUUCUAAGAUUAGGUUUUAUUUUUCUUUAUUGAUGAGAAACACACAUUUUAAAAGUCAUGAAAAGAACUCAGGUUAAAUAGGAACUCGCAACAAUAACUGGCCCAGCAAGACAGCUCAUACUUUGAAAGACACAUUGGUAUACAACUUGAGAUACAAUUUAGUAAAUUAGUAGACUUCUAAUGUUUUCCCUUAGUUUAAACCCCCCCACUUUUUAACAGUCAUUCAGAAAGGGAUGGCUUAAAAAAAAAUCCAAACUCUUUCUUCAGUAAAAGAGGUAAUUAUUUAAUGUGAAAAUAUGCAUGGCUCUGCUGUUCAAGUUUUGGUAAUGACUGGACACCAUUCACAGCUGUUAGUGUAGUUUGGUGCCUUCCCGUUGCUUAUACUGUAUGCAUUCUCUAUAGUGAACACUUUAAGUAUUUUGCAAGACUCCCUGCUUGUUUUGUUUUGUUUUCUACAGAAAUAUCAGUACAGAAUACCAAAUACAGUUUUGAGGCCAGAUUAGGGGAAAGUAAAAUUCAUGCAUUCCAGAAAAACAGCUGAACAUAAGUGAGUAACUUUAUAUUUUUAUUUAUCAGUACAUUGCUCAACAUGAUAAUGGGACUAAAGCAAUGCUGAAAGCAAAUGAGCCAUUGAAAAUCCAUCUAGCAUUUGCAGCCCUUGCAAAUUAGGGCUGCUGCAAUAACAAAGCAUACAAACUGCUUUCUUACAGCAGUUUCUGGCACCCUCUUCAUCUUAUCUACUGUAGCUGAUGCUUAAUGGGAAGUAUGUAGGAAGUUCCAAGGUUUUUAUAUUAAAUGACACCAGCCAAUGAGCAAUACACUGUUUAGAAGCUGGCUGCAAAAUUGCAGGAGAAACUUGCACUUCAGAUCUUUUACUGAAAGAGAGAUUCCAGCUCAUUAGUCACCAGAAGCAUGUAAUUUUUACAAAAUAAGUUGUAAUUACAUUGUUGUAUUGAGGCAUUUUUAAACUAAGGCUUUCAGGAAUUCAGAACCAAAAUCACAUGCUGAAGUGUUCAGUGUUGCUUUCUUCUAAAUGAACAACCUAUAAAGAAAUCACAUAAGUAUCAGUAGUUCUGAAAUUAUUAAACUGCCUUGGAAAAUUGCCUACCCAACUGGAAUAGAAAAACUGAUGCAGAAAAAAUUGAAAUUUCAUGUCCUACAAGGACCGAAGAUUUAACACUUUAGGUCUUCUCUCACCCAACCAAAGGCAUGGCUGUCAAAUAAAUAAGACUAAACUAAGGCUAAGGUAUACUACAUUUUUUUCUGCUAGCUGCCUUUUAAAAUGUCCAUCUACUGCUCCACCUCCUUAGUGAUAGAAACCCCAAAGUGAAGGAGCUGCUAGGAGCACGAGUACCUUUUCAACUGUUCAAGAGCCUUAUUUAAUGUAUUCUGUCCUCAUAUAACCUCUACCUGUAUAACAGCAAUUCAGAUAUGCACUACUGUAUGUCACUGGUAGACACAGUUAUCAUUUGUCCUUUAAAUGAAACACAAAAUCUGCAUUUGUUUCAUUUUUUGUGUUUCCAGUGUUUUUCCAAGAUACUGGGGUUAAACCUGUUUUAUUUGUUUCAUUUUAAGUUUUUCCAAGAUAACUGGUGUUACACCAGUUAGCUGUAUAUCACUAUUAGUGGUUAGCUGUUCCCUUAGAAUUUAUAGGAAGCAAAUAAGUAAUGUGGGCCAGGAAACUGCCUUUCAGUACUGCUGUUCAUAAUUAAACAGGCAAGCCACCACUGACUAGCAGUGGCACAGAAUUCCUUCAGCCUAGAAGUACAUUACUCCUUUAAUGGUGCUUUUCAAUGAUCAUACUUAGCUCAGUUCAGUAGUCAAUAUUUAUUAGACUAAAGAAAAUGACAAAAACUACCUAAAAUCAAGUAGUUUUGGUUACCCAACAGCUGCUUAUCUGGCUGGCAUAUCCAUACAGCCAUUUAAAAGGAAGAAUCUGAAGAAAAAAAUUGCAAUUACUGGCCCAUUAAUAAUGCUUUCCCUAACCAGCUCUAAGCAAUUUACAAAAUAAAUGUUCCAAUAGCAGUUUUCAAAAUCAAAGGUAAAAUAUUUGCAGGCUAUGAAUACCUAAAUGUGUUUAGAGUAUUUAGGCUGGUAAACAUUGUCCCUUACCUUCUGUGAGCCUGGCUUUCCCCCCAGUAGGCUGACACAGGAUAGUCGAGCACCCCACACACAGAACUACUGUCUGAGCAUGACUGAACACUGUAGUGAUCUUGUAGCAUCCUGAAAAACAGCAUUAUUAAACUCUCUUGAGUAUCUCUAGCAUGAUUAUCUUAUUGUAUGUGUGAUUGAAUAGGAUACUCUAAAUACACUUGUGCAGAAACGGCCAUGUGCUUCGUUACAGAGCUUACCAAGUAAAAGAAAGCAAAGCACUGUUACUGUGGACUGAACUACUUGCUUUUAUUAACAUGCAUAGGAAAGCAAGUUAGUUAACUGAAACCUUUACGGCUUCCCGCAUGCAAAGUUCACACGAUUGGAUGGCUGACAGGUCCUCAUUUGCCUGUAGUGCAUGUCCUGCAAAAAAAACAGUCGAGGGGUUCUAGACUCACCUUCUCGGAAGAACCCAUCUAGUUAGACAAAUAUUUAACUUGUAAUAGUAGAACACUGCUGUGGAGAAAGUCUGGCAGCUGUGAAUAUAAACACCGCUGUUCACAUCCUUGUUUGCUUUCUGAUUAAUAAUUAGUACACGUAAGGCAUGUGACUGCUUGCAUUCUACACUGCUAGCAUCAUGUUUAAAGGAGAAGACUUGCACAGAGUAACUUAACGAAUUUCAAAUGCAAGAACAGGCACCAGCAAAACUUUGUCUGCAACUUCUGUGUCACUUAAAAGGAUGAAAUCACUCACAGAUGGCUAAGGUGAAUUUUCACUGCUUUGUUUCCCUCAGAAGUAUUUUUAAUUAGCCAAGAGAAAUUUUUGAAAGAGAAAACUUGAAAAGGAUUUAAUCUAGAUGUGAAUAUGGAAAGUAGACAAAGAUGAUCAUAGAUUCUAUUUUCAGUGUGUAUGAACCAAAAAAGACAUAAUAUAUGUUAUGAGGAAAAUCAUCAGAAAAUCAUCAGAUAAGAGAACUGGUUGGUCAAGAGAACUACUAGACAGAAUAACAGAUUUCUGCUUUGUUUAAAGCACAAAUAGUAACUGCACAAAUCUUUGUUUGAAAAAAAAAACAACCCUGCUAACACAUGAAAUUUAAACACAGUAAAUGUUAUUUUCCCUCCAUGAACUUGCACCACGAUGAAUCUUUUAACUCUGGAUUUUGCAGGGAAGGGAAAUGAGCCCAGUCAAUUUCUGUAACUAGACAGCAGUUCCAACAAUACUUGAAUGCAUAAAGCACACUGAUACUUUCAGUGUCUCCUGCUUAGGACUCUGUCAUUAGUGCAGCUUUGCUCUAUAGGUCCCUCAAACUUACUCCACACUAAUGCAGAUAACCAAUGCCUUAUGGGUGUCUGUUGACCUUAAUUGUGUCCUACUAUAUGCAUGUACUCUGGUUUGAAGAAAGUUGAAAAAAUAAAAAUCAGUGGCUUACA